GACAGAAAAUGUGGUUCUGUUCCUCCAGCUUGUGCCUGGAAUUCUCCUGGCAGUGGAGGAAGCUGAGGACUACCAUAUCAGUGAUAGUGUGGGAGGGGGAGUUGAAGUGACUGGCAACCGGGGGAUGCAGAUCGCGGUUACGGACAGAACACAGGUGUUCUGCUAAAUGGUCACCCAGUCUGCAUUUGGUCUCACCAAUAUAGAGGAGGCCACAUCUUGCUGCACUUGGCCCAUAGCCUUCUGUGCCUAGGAGAUUCAAGUGCUCGUUUAGACACUGCUUAAAUAGUGUAGAGCAUCUCUGCUUCCAGCACUCUUUCUGCCAGUGCAUUCCAGAUACUCACCAGCGAAGAAAGUCCCCCUCAGACCCCACUAAAUCUCUUACCCCAAAUCUAGGUCCUUAAGUUUAAUUCACCUCUGAUAAGGUGAAACAUUUCCUGCAAUCUAAUUUUUUAUGCCUCAAUCAUGUCCCCACUUAACCUCCUCUGCUACAGGGAAAACAGACCUAGCCUCUCCAGUAUCUCCUCAUAACCAAAAUGCUCCAUCCCAGGCAACAUCCUGGUGCAUUUCCUCUGCACCCUCUCCAGCACUAUCACAUCUUUCAAGUCAGUUGCUUUUUUUCUCCACAAGGAGGCAUUGAGCACAGCCUUCGAUCUUUUCCUCCAUCAUUUCCCAUGAUGGAGUUCAGAGAAGAGUGACUGUUUUAGGAGUCUGGCAUUGGGCAUGCAAGCAAUGUGGCCUGCCCACCGAAUAUAAUUAGGGACUCAAUCCUGGGUAUGAAAGCCAGGCAGAAAACACUGACGUUGGUUCGCUUGUCUUUCCAGGGCAUUUGGAGGAUUUUGCAGAGGUAUUUUUCAAGUGCCUUGAGGUACCUGCUGCAGGUAAUUGUGGUCUCAGCGUCAUGUAGCAAGACAGAGUUCACUGCUGCCUGAUCAUCCAUGAGAUUGUGCCACAUCUAAGGGCUGGAUCUUCAAAUUUCCUUUUCCUCAGCGGAGCCGCACUCAUUCAGUCCAUCAGACCUGACCUGCGCCUUGGAGGUGGUGGAGGGCUUUGAAUGAUGAUUUAGUCAGUCUUCACAGGAUGUCCCAGCCUCUGACUUACCUUUGCAGCCACACACUGGUUCAGAUAAGUUUCUGGUCAACAGGAUGUUUAUGCCUUUGAAUGUCAGGAGUGGAAGGGUGGACUUCCUCUUGUUGGAAAGAGUCAUCGCCAAGCACUUGUGCGGUCCAAACCUGAAUGUUGUCCACCCGCUGCGAACGUACUCCCUCAGCAGUGCACCGGAUUUCGGAGCUCCGGUCUCCAGCGUGUGCGACUUGCCCCUGCAAACUCCAGACGAGGUGACACGACCACGGCUCGGAUAUUAUCACACGUCGAAGUCUUUGAACGAGGGAGCUAUACUUCUACUAGAUGGGAUAACAUACAGACAUGUUCAGCUUUGAAGGUGAUUUCAAAACACGGCCCAAGGUUUCUCUUGGUGGAGCAAGCAGGAAGGAAGAAAAAGCUUCAUUGCUGCAUCGAACCCAGGAAGAAAGACGAAAGCGAGAGGAAGAAAGACGAAGACAGAGGAACGCAGUUAUUAUUCAGUCCUUCCUCCGAGGAUACAGGGACAGGAAGCAACAACAUACGAUACAGCGAAGUGAAUUUGAUCAUUGUGUCUCCGUAGCACAAGCAGGCGGAAAUUUUUCUCUCAGUGAUGGAUAUAAUUUGACUGUUUUAAUAAGGAAGCUCUUAUUUUUUUACAAACAAAAUGAAGAUUUGGAUAGAUUGACAUGGAUGUGUCAAAAUUUGGUUAAACAUAGUGGUUUGUAUGUGCAGCAGCUAGUUGAUUCCAACAAACAAAUAUGUUUAUAUCAAAUAAAGCGUUUGUUGGGUUUAUGUUGCAGAUUACUGAAGAGCUGUAACAAUGAGACUUUGAAUGUUACUGUGCCUUUGCGGAUGUUGGAGAUCUUUUCCUCAGAAAAAACAUAUUUGCCCAUUGUACGGGAUGUUAACAGCGUAACAUCAAUAGUUGAACAAAUUUUGCACUACAUGGUUCAGAAAGGUUAUUAUAAAUCACUUUACAUGUUAAUUAAUCAUAGGCUUCCAUCAAGUUUAGAGUAUUCUGAUGUUUCACGGGUUUCACAUGUUCCACUUGCAAUGACACUGUUAGAGAAUUUCCUGAAGCCACUGCACUUUCAAUAUGCCUCAUGCCCAGAAGGUUCAAGGCAUCAAGUUUUUGCUAUAUUGGCAAAAGAAUUUUUCACUGCACCAUUCACAGACCAGAUCUUCAACUUCCUUGUUCCGGCACUGUCUGCUGCAAGGAUUUCCUUUCCUUAUGUACCUUUUCUAACUGCACUAUUAAUACCGAAGAUAACCUCUUCAGUAGGGCUCACUUAUACCAGGGAUAUGGCACCUUGGCUCCUUUACUUUGUUCUCGCUGUUGGCGAAUCACAGAUAGCAAUUCUAUCUGAGGAAGGCAUGCUUGUGUACCUAAGGAUGCUACAGACUCUUUUACCACAGUUACCUGUUUCAUUGACCGGGUCAAAUGGCAGAGAAAUUGGUAGUGACUCAGAGAAUGAAGAGGAGGAGGAGCGUAAGAUGGUUACCAACAAAGGCAAUGGUAGAAUUUCGGUAAACUUAAUUACUGCGGAGUGUCUCAAGAAGCUGGACACUAAGCAACAAACAAAUGCCUUGCUAAACCUUGUUUGGAAGGAAUCUGUAAGUGAAGAUGUUUUCACUAUGAUGGCGUCUAUCUGCCACACACUGAUGGUGCAACACAGAAUGAUGGUUCCAAAAAUCAGACUUCUGUAUAGUUUGGCAUUUAAUGCAAGAUUCAUGCGUCACCUUUGGAACUUGAUCACAUCUGUAACAACAAAAAUGAUAACAGGGUCUAUGGUGCCUUUGCUUCAUCUGAUCUCACGAGGAUCUCCAAUGUCACUUGAGGACUCUCAUCGGAUCAUACCUCUCUUUUACCUCUUUAGUUCCCUCUUCAGCCAUUCCCUUAUUUCAAUACAUGACAAUGAAUUCUUUGGAGAGCAAGCUCAAGGAGGUGUGGGUCAACAGCCAGUUACAAUGAUGCCGUUCACUUUAAGAGAGUUAGUAACGUUAUCCCGUUGUCUCCGGGAUGCUUGCCUUGGAAUAAUUCAUCUGGCAUAUCCAGAAACCAAACCGGAGGUUCGUGAGGAGUACAUUGUAGCAUUUAAAAGCGUUGGUGUCCGUACCAAUGCAGAAAUGCAAGAACGAAUAGAGAGUGAGAGGAAAAGAUGGAUUCAACUCUUUAAGGUGAUCUCUAAUUUAGUGAAAAUGCUCAAGUCAAGAGACACAAGAAGACAGUUUUGUCCUCCUGAUCACUGGCUUUCUGAUCAAGUUAAUAUCAGAGCUGAUAAGGUCACACAACUCUACGUUCCCUCAGCCAGGCAUGUGUGGAGGAUGCGUCGAAUGGGAAGGAUUGGACCACUGCAGUCAACACUAGAUGUUGGUCAGGAGCCAGCUCAGUUAUCUGUAGCUGAAGAACGUCAUCUUGCUAUUUUAACUGAACUACCGUUUGUUGUUCCAUUUGAAGAAAGAGUAAAGAUCUUCCAAAGAUUGAUCUUUGCUGAUAAGCAGGAAGUGCAAGGGGAAGGGCCAUUUUUAGACGGGAUCAAUGUCACAAUUCGACGCAAUUAUAUCUAUGAAGAUGCAUACGACAAGUUGUCACCAGAAAAUGAAUCUGACCUGAGAAAAAGAAUACGCGUUCACUUAUUAAAUGCACAUGGUUUAGAUGAAGCUGGAAUUGAUGGUGGAGGAAUAUUCAGAGAGUUUCUUAAUGAACUGCUGAAGACUGGCUUUAACCCAAACCAAGGAUUUUUCAAAACAACGAAUGAAGGACUUCUGUAUCCGAAUCCUGCAGCAAAAAUGCUGGUUGGGGAUCACUUCACCAGACAUUACUAUUUCCUCGGAAGAAUGUUGGGAAAGGCCCUAUACGAAAACAUGUUGGUAGAGCUUCCUUUUGCAAGUUUCUUUCUGUCUAAACUCUUGGGCACUAGUGCAGAUGUUGACAUCCAUCACCUUGCCUCAUUGGAUCCUGAAAUGUACAAAAAUCUGCUCUUUCUGAAGAGCUAUGAAGGUGAUGUUGAGGAACUUGGUCUCAAUUUCACAGUGGUGAACAAUGAACUUGGGGAGGCACAGGUGGUGGAACUGAAGCUAGGUGGAAAGGAUAUUCCUGUGAACAGUGCAAACAGGAUAGCGUACAUCCAUCUUGUUGCAGACUACAGGCUUAACAAGCAGAUUCGACCACACUGCCUUGCAUUCAGACAGGGAGUGGCUAAUGUUGUCAACCUGGAGUGGCUGAGGAUGUUUGACCAACAAGAACUUCAGGUUUUGAUAUCUGGAGCACAAAUACCAGUUGACCUGGAGGACCUGAAAAACUUCACCAACUAUUCAGGUGGUUAUUCAGCAGACCAUGCAGUCAUUAAAAUAUUCUGGAAUGUAGUAGAAAAUUUCACAAAUGAUGAAAAGCGCAAAUUGCUGAAGUUUGUCACAAGUUGCUCCCGACCACCAUUGCUUGGAUUUAAGGAAUUAUAUCCAGCGUUUUGUAUACACAAUGGAGGGACUGACCUGGAGCGUUUACCCACAGCCAGCACUUGCAUGAACCUUCUGAAACUUCCAGAAUUUUAUGAUGAAAGUCUUAUGAGGAGUAAAUUACUUUAUGCAAUUGAAUCAGCAGCAGGCUUUGAGCUAAGUUGAAGUAAAAAUGGGACACUGAAGAUUGAGAAUGAUGGAUGGUGCUUACAACAUGUACCAACAAUCAAAAGUUCUCACAAGGGGACAGACUGAAUUGUGUAGAAUCAAAUGGGUUUUAAUGAAGUGAACUGCAAAGAUGAAGCUUCUUCUAAUCAUCAUAUAUUUGUAGCUCAGAUGGAUGUAUGAUCAUAUGAGUACUUUGGGAGUUUUACUGUUAAGAUUGAGGCUAUGUUCUGGGCAAGUGGCUGGUAAAUUGUGAUGAUCAAAUUAUCACUUGGCAUUAACAGAAAAAUAGCCUGUGCUGUGUGGCGUUAACCAAAGAUUCAGCCAAUGUUAUGUGUUAGUCAAAAUGGGCAAUAAAGCAAGCCAUAAUAAUGGAAGGUAUUUGCAUUUAAAAUAGGCCUUCUUCAUCAGAAGCCUAUUUUCAUCAGGCAAGAUGCGGCUAAUGUUUUUUUAAACUUUAUUCUGGUUGCAUUUAAUAUCAUGGUUAGGUGGGAGCACAUAAACCAUGUAAUACUGCUGCAUUUUACUUUUUUUAAAAAGUUGCACAUUUCUUACAAUCUGUUUUAAAUCACAAUUAUGUCCCAAUAUGGAACCCAAUUAAAACAUAGUUGCAAUUUACAGUCUAGAUUAAAAUUGUAUGGUGUGACAUUAUAUUAAUUAUAUGGCCCUUCUGCAUAACUGUGGUGAGAGUUCGGAAUAAGAAGCAUUAAGUGGAUGAGAUAUUAUGUGGACAGGAGAUUACUUGAUCGCAAUAGAAUUCAGCUUGCUCAUAAAAUAGUUCCAUUAGGCCAUGGUAAAUGUGUUUGAGACAGAAUUUAGUCAGCAGUUUCUGUAAACAGAGAUGUGAAUACAUGUAUUAUCUGCAUCUGUGAAUACUAUUGUUUUUGUUCUGUAUCUGUACAGUUUUCUCGUGUAUUAAACCUCUGUGCUAUCAGAAUGGUCCUUAUUGUUAAGAGUUAUAACUUUAACAACUAUUAAACAAAAUUUGAAUAAUGGAACUAAUGUGUCAUAUUUGUACACUGUCUUCUGUUAUGAAAGAUUAUUACUGAAAGUUGCAUGGAAAACCAGGGUACAAGUAAACUAAUAAUGUUCCAUUGAAUAUUGUUUUCCUUUAGUGUGAAGAAGUGCAACAGAUCCUAAUACUUUGAGCACUGAUUGUUAAUUACCGAUGUCCAUAUAAAUUUUUGAUCCUGUCUUUUAUUCAAUAAAUGGAUUUUAUGGGGUAAAAAGAUAAAGCCCAGGAUACAGUCUUUGUUGUCAAUACUCCAGAGUUCUGAGGAAUAGAGCCUAAGAUUGUGUUUAUUGCAUGAGGAUA